AUGGGUCUUACUGCCAUCGAAAUAAUAGCAACGAUAUCUUUAAAUAUCUUACAAUGCGCGCGUACGGAGCACAUCCUGCCCUGCAAUACGACCCUCAUGGGACAAUGUACGGGCAACAACGAAAUAUGUAAAGAAAACAAGUGUGAAUGUGAUGAUGACUUUGCAAGAUAUUACGACGAAUGUGUACCUCAAGAAGCUGCUACUACUGCUAGGUACGAUGUUACAGCAGCAAUUAUAUCUAUUUUUACAAUAUCCAUUGUGAUUGUAGGAUUAGUGGUUGUAAUAAGAAAAUAUAAUUUAAUUGAGUAUAUAAGGCAGAAGAUAGAGCUUCGAAGAAGUCACAAUAUCAUGUAUGAAGAUGUAAUGAUUGGACAUGAUGAUCCUCCGUUAAGUCCAUAA